UGAAUUUAUGGCAAAUUCAUAGAAAUCCAAAUCUUUGGAAUGAUGCUGAUAAGUUUAUACCUGAAAGAUUUAUGGAUCCUGAAAAAGAGGCAAAAAGUAAUUGGGUUCCAUUUUCUGGCGGGCCUAGAAAUUGCCUUGGUCAAAAUUUUUCAAUGAUGGAACAAAAAAUUAUUAUUGCAAUGAUGCUACUUAAGUUUAAGGUCUCUUUACCUCCAAAUUCUCAACACUUUGAUAAAAUAUUAUUAGCGACAUCCGCUAUUAUACGUCCCAAGAAUUUAGAACUUAUAUUUUCAAA